GCGCUGCGCCGUCGCCAACGGUCGCGCGGGUGACGGUUGGGGAAAGCAGCGAUUUCGAGACUAGUUAGGGAAACCUUAGCCAUCCGCCCCGCCCUCGGAGCCCGACUCUCCAAAGCCUGGGAUUAAGGGCCUGGAGGCUGGCACCACACCCCGGCCAGGUGUUCAGAACAAGACCAGGUGCGCAGCUGCCCCGCCCUGGUCCCCGCGAGCCCGAAUAAUGGCUGAGACUCCGAGGAACAGGCCGUGGCGGUGGCCUAAACAAUACCCAGAGGGCACCCGUACUAGCAGGUGUUUCCCUCCCUCCUCCUUAGGGACUGUCGCUGGAGGCCUGGGGCGGGGUGGGCGACAGGUGCUGACACACCCGCACCGGGAGACAGAGGCUCUGUAUUGCUCCACUGCCUCGGCCAAGGUGCGCGGUGCCCUCCUGGACGCAGGGGGCGCUGUGGCCGCUCUGAGACCGACAACUCUGCCCCUGCGACCGGGUCACUGAGCGCCGUGGCAGCCAUGGCCACUGCUGUAGGACUUCGCUCUCUUUACCGAACGCGACCUGCGCCGCUCUGUCGGCACGCCUAUCAGCUGUGGAGGAACCCGCGUCGAGGACACAGGCUCUCACCGGCGGACGAUGAGUUAUACCAGCGGACCCGCAUCUCUCUGCUGCAAAACGAGUUCCCACAGGCCAUUUACAUCGACAGCUACAAUAGCAGAGGUUUCACUAUCAACGGAAACCGCGUGUUUGGCCCUUGCGCGCUGCUCCCACAGACGGUGGUCCAGUGGAACGUAGGAUCUCAUCAGGACAUCACUGAAGAGAGCUUCUCCCUUUUCUGGAUGCUGGAACCUAGGAUAGAGAUUGUUGUGGUGGGCACCGGAAACAAGACUGAGCGGCUGCACUCUCAAGUCCUACAGGCCAUGAGGCAGCGGGGCAUUGCUGUGGAGGUACAGGACACGCCCAAUGCCUGUGCCACCUUCAACUUCCUGUGCCAUGAAGGUCGAGUGACAGGAGCUGCCCUCAUUCCCCCUCCUGGAGAGACUGCACUUGCUUCUUUGGGUCAAGCCUCAGAAUGAACCAUCAGGAACUGUUGAGGAGGGCACUGUGCAUGGUCUCCCAGUGCUUUCCCCACUUGCUGCCUUUUGGCACACCACACUUGUCAUGCUUACUCAGGAUAAUAAUUUUUACUCUUCUGUAUUAGUUGUGUUGCUGGGCUUGGCUGCUGACAGGGUGGGGGUGAAAACUAAGGAUUGUCUCACCCAGACCAUGUAGGGUUCCCUGGCCCCUUAUCUACUUUGCUCAUAUGCAGAUUUGAGGAGACACCAAUAACUCUCCCAAUUUCUUUAGAAGUAGAACUACAGGUCCAUGAAGUACACACGGCAUGCCCAGGCUGUGGCACAAAUGAGGCGACUAUAAUCUGUGAGCAUGUGUGAUGGUGGUGGCUGCAAAAAUUCCAAGUGCCCAUUGAAUUCAAAGAUCAUUUGUCACUUUUUUUCCCAAACUUUUAUUGAAAAAUUCAAGGCAUAUACUGGAUCGGUUUUCAGAAAAGCCGUUUCUCGUACCUGUAGGCAGAAAGCAUCUGAGUUUAGAGGAGGCUGUCUGAGGCUAGCAGAAGCAUCUGAGUUUAGAGGAGGCUGUCUGAGGCUAGCAGAAGCAUCUGAGUUUAGAGGAGGCUGUCUGAGGCUAGCAGAAGCCUCCACCCAGGCACAGGGCUACUUACGAAUGGAGGCCGUGCACACCACCUUCCACCUGAGCUGAGGAGGUUCUCUUCUCAAAUUUAAGUUCCCCCGAGUACAUCAUGGCUCUGAGGAGAAGCAGGCAUUAGAUGCAGAUGCAGGCAGUAGCACCUCUCCUCCAUUCUUAAAAGUUCCAGCUACCCACCCAAGCUCACCUCACUUGGGUUAAACUCUUGGCACCAAUGUCCUGACAGGAAUGCUGGAUGCCAGCAAUCAAGUAAGGGACAAACUUAUGGAUAGACCCUUUGUCCUGCACUGCCCCCGAAACUCCUUGGGCCACUUUGAUUUUGUCAGCUUCACUGUUGGAAGAGGCAGAAAUAUGAAUAAAGUUGACAAAGGGAUGAGACCAAAUGCA